CGGGUCGUCGAUGGUCGCGGUCUUGUCCGCCCGAGACACGAACAGUGAGGAUCAGGCGGAUCGGUGAUACCGAUGGACCGGGCAGUGGAAUAUUAAAAGAAGAUUUGAAGAAGGAAACUCAAACCAAACAUCACAUCAAAAACGUGGCGGGAGUAUUCAGGCUUUGAGUAGGGGGAUUUGCAGCUGGGAAGCGAAACCAAACGUCUCGGCAGCAGCCUGGUGUAUCGUCGGACUUUUGAACAUGGAAGGCGAAAGGGAAGCUCGCAGUAGGAGGAAACCGUACGUGUGUCCCGUGUGCGGACGGGAUUUCACCCAAUCGGCCAGUCUGUCAGGACAUGAAUGUGGUCAUGACAGGGAGAAACCGUGGACAUGUGGGGACUGCGGGAAGGGAUUCAUUUCCCCGUCGAGGCUGGAGACCCAUCGGCGCAUUCACACCGGGGAGAGGCCGUUCGCCUGCACCGAGUGUGGGAAGGGAUUCACUCAGUUGUCCAACCUGCUGAGGCACCGGCGGGUUCACACCGACGAGCGACCGUUCAAAUGCCCAGACUGCGGCAAGUGCUACAAAAGCUCCGGGGAGCUCAUAUGCCACCAACGCGUUCACACCGACGAGCGGCCGUUCAAGUGCUCUCACUGCGGCGCUGGGUUCAGAUGGUCAUCUCAGCUCAUCGAGCACCAGCGGGUGCACACCGGGGAGAGGCCCUUCACCUGCUCCGAGUGCGGGAAAGGAUUCACUCACUUAUCCAACCUCCAGACCCACCAGCGCAUCCACGUCGGCGAGAAACCGUUCGCUUGCUCUGACUGCGGGAAGGGAUUCACUCAACUCUCCCACCUGCUCACGCACCAGCGGGUCCACACCGGGGAGAGGCCGUUCACCUGCUCCGAGUGUGGGAAAGGUUUCACGGCGUCCUCCAUCCUUAUGGCGCACCAGCGGGUCCACACCAACGAGACCCCGUUCCGGUGCUCGCAGUGCGGGACUGGAUUCAAACACUCGUCGAACCUCACCGUACACCAGAGAGUUCACAGCGGGGAGAGGCCAUUCACCUGCUCCAAGUGCGGGAAGGGCUUCACCCAGUCCUCCCACCUGCUGACACACCAGCGGGUUCACACCGGGGAGAGGCCGUUCACCUGCUCCACGUGUGGAAAGGGGUUCACUUGUUCAUCCCACCUGCUGAGGCACCAGCGGGUUCACGAGUAACUGCCGAGUGAUCGGAUGGUGUUAAUUCAGACACUGGAGCGGUUGAAUAUUGAUAAGGAAAGGCUGUUGGAUCUGUUGCCUGCCCUUAAACUUAAUAAGGCACUGGGACUGGAUGAGCUGUAUCCAGGGACGGUGACAGUAAGUAAGGGUUGAAAUUGGAGACACUCUCACCAUCAGUUUUCAUACCUCCUCAUAACUCAGGCGACUCUAGAGGACUGAAGGCGGCACGUCGGCUCAGUGGUUAGCACUGCUGCCUCACAGCGCCAGGGUACUAGGUUUGAUUCCAGCCUCGGGUGACUGUCUGUGUGGAGUUUGCAUAUUCUCCCCGUGUCUGUGUGGGUUUCCUCUGGGUGCUCCGGUUUCCUCCCACAGUCCAAAGAUGUGCAGGUUAGGGUGGAUUGGCCACGCUCAGUUGCCCAUAGUGUUAGGUGCAUUAGUCAGAGGGAAAUGGGUCUGGGUGGAUUACUCUUCGGAGGGUCGGUGUGGACUGGUUGGGCCGAAGGGCCUGUUUCCACACUGCAGGGAAUCUAAUGUAGGAAAAAAGCCUGCAAUUUCUUUGUUACGCCCUUGACCAAAAAUGAAUGUAAAGGUAAACCCCGCAGCUACGGACCAAUCAGGUUGAUUUUGUUGCUUGGCGAACUUGGAGAGAAGCACACGUUUGGGAUAAGGGAGAGUUAGCAUCAAUUUCUUACGGCAGAAUCAUGUUCAAUUAACUUUCUGGAGUCUUUUUGAAGAGGUAACAGUCUGUGAUUGAAGAGGGGAAGGCUAUUGACAUGGUGCACGUGGACCUAUGUGCAAAACUGGAGCAUAUGGAUUAACAGGGACAGUAACAACCUGGAGACAGAACUAGCUCAGUGGGAGGAACCUGACUGUCGUGUCUCAUGGGUGUUUUUCAAGCCAGAGAAUGUUUAAGGUUGAGUUCUCCCAGGGUCAGUAUUGUCAUAAAGAUAUUGUUGUGAAUUGAUUUUGUUUUUAAUAAAAUCUUAAUGUAUUAAACAGCCUAACAAUCACUCAAUAUAAAUACAAAGGUAACUGCUAUGAUCAUGUGACUAGACCUAGCGGUAAACUUCCAAAGAGGCUGUACAGGACAUUAGAUAGGUCUCUGUUGGAAUACUGCGUGCAAUUCUGGUCCCCUCCCUAUCGGAAAGAUGUUGUGAAACUUGAAAGGGUUCAGAAAAGAUUUACAAGGAUGUUGCCUUGUAAGGAUUUGAGCUAUAGGGAGAGGUUGAACAGGCUGGGGCUGUUUUCCCUGGAGCGUCGGAGGCUGAGGGGAGACCUUAUAGAGGUUUACAAAAUUAUGAGGGGCAUGGAUAGAUAAAUAGACAAAGUCUUUUUCCAUGGAGUGGGGGAGCCCAGAACUAGAAGGCAGAGGUUUAGGGUGAGAGGGGAAAAAUAUAAAAGAGACCUACAGGGUAACUUUUUCACAUAGAGGGUGGUAUGGGUAUGGAAUGAGCUGCCAGAGGAAGUGGUGGAGGCUGGUACAAUUGCAACAUUUAAGAGGCAUUUGGAUGGGUAUAUGGAUAGGAAGGGUUUGGUGGGCUAUGGGCUGGGUGCUGGCAGGUGGGACUAGAUUGGGUUGGGAUAUCUGGUCGGCAUGGACGGGUUGGACCGAAGGGUCUGUUUCCGUGCUGUACAUCUCUCUGACUCUAUAAUUCAAGGCAACAGCUAUGUACCUCCUGAUGGGACUGGGAUUGUUAGUGGUGAUAUAAACUGUCAGAUUGUCUCCAAUGAAAACAGCAAUGCACAAGAAUUGAAGUCGUCCCUCACCUGUAAGAUGUUAAGAGCUUCACUAAACCUCUGAGAUGGGCUCAGGACAUUAGAUAGGUCUCUGUUGGAGUAUUGCGUUAUUGCAUUGGCUAUUUGCAUUGCAAGACAUUGUCUUAAUGGUAACUGUACCAAACUGUCCGUCCACGCUAACCCCACUUCCCCUCCACUUGGGCCCAUAUCCUUCUAAACCUUUCCUAUCCAUGUAUUUGUCCGAAUGCCUUUUAAAUGUUGUUCAUUUACCCAUCUCAACCACUUGCGCUGGCAGCUCAUUCCAUAUCUGUCCCACUCUCUAUGUAAAAGAUGUUGCCCCUCAGGUUCCCUUUUAUUCUUUCCCCUCUCACCUUAAACUGAUGCCCCUCUAGUCCUCGUUUCCCCAAUCCUGGGAAAAAGACUCAGUGCAUUCACCCUAUCCAUGCCUCUCAUGAUCUUAUACACUAUAACAUCCCUCCCCUCAGUCUCCUAUGCUCUUAAGAAAAAAGUCCUAGCUUGUCCAACCUCUCCCUAUAACUCAGACCAUCGGUGUCCAGGCAACAUCCUUGUAAAUUUCUUCUGCACUCUUUCCAGUUUAAUAACAUCCUUCCCGUAGCAAGAUGAUCAAAACUGAACACAAUACACACCAACAUCCUGUAUAACUGCAACAUAACUUUCCAACUUCUAACCAGUGCCCUGACUGAUGAAGGCCAGUGUACCAAAAGCCUUCCUCACUGCCCUGUCUACCUGUGUCUCCACUUUCAGAGAAUUGUCCACCUGAACUCCAAGGUCCCUCUGUUCCUCUACCCUCCACCAUUCACCAUGAAAUCCCUACCUUGUUUUGAUUGUAAGACCUCACACUUUAGAUUAGAUUGAUUCCUUACAGUAUGAAAACAGGCCCUUCGGCCCAACAAGUCCACACCAACCCUCUGAAGAGCAACCCACCCAGACCCAUUGCCCUACCUUACAUUUACCCCUGACUAAUGCACCUAACACUAUGGGCAAUUCACCUGACUGGCACAUCUUUGGAUUGUGGGAGGAAACCCACUCAGACACGGGGAGAAUAUGCAAACUCCACACGCAGUCGCCCGAGGCUGGAAUCGAACCUGGUAUCCCUGGCGCUGUGAGGCAGCAGGGCUAAUCACUGAGCCACCGUGCUGCUCCAUAUCUAUAUUAAACUCUAUUUGCCGUUUCUUGGCCCACUUCCCCAACUGAUCAAGGUCCUGCUGCAAUUUCUAAUCACCUUCCUCACUGUCCACGAUACCUCCUAUUUUAGUGUCACCUGCAAACUUAUUCAUCAUGCCUUGUACAUUCGAGGCCAUUUUAAUGCGAAUAGAGUGUGCACAGUCCAUGAACUGCAGGCUAGCCAACUAACCAAGGAAUUCCAGACUGCUCAUUUUCAGCUAAACACACAGACACUGAUAAACUGCUAUGUCUCGGUUGUGUUUCCAUUUACGUUGCUGCUAAUUGACAAAUGUCUUUUAUUCUUUGAUCUCCUCUUACAUAUUUGCGAGCGUGCUGUGUUGUGAAUUAUCCACUCGCCGGCAACUGAGAGUGUGUCAAAUAAAAUUUCAC